UCGCCAAAGAGAGCAUCUCGUUUCUCUCUUCUCUUUCCGCUCAUGGCUUCCUUCGUCGCCCUCCUCCUCCUCCUCCUCCUCGCGUUCUCUGCCCUCGCUGCCGUCUCCGCCGUCCCCUAUCCGGACAUUCUGAUCCUCUCCAAGCAAGACGGGACUGUCUCUGGCCUCAACGACGAGGAGGUGAGAAUGCUCUACCUGGAGUGGAGGGCCAAGCAUCGCCCCGCCGAAAAAGCCCUAGAUCUGGACGAAUACCGGCUCGAGGUCUUCAAGGAGAACCUCCGGUUGGUGGAAGAGCACAACGCGGCAGCUGACCGCGGGGUUCACGCCUUCCGCCUCGGGAUGAACCAGUUCGCCGAUCUCACCAACGAGGAGUUCCGGGCCAGGUUCCUCGGGAACUUCUCCCGGCUGAGGAGAUCCGCCUCCGGGAAGAUCAGCAGCCGGUACCGGCUGAGAGAAGGGGACGAUCUGCCCGAUUCCAUCGAUUGGAGGGAGAAGGGCGCCGUCGUCCCAGUAAAGGAUCAGGGCCAAUGCGGAGAUUGUUGGGCGUUCUCUACAGUUGCUGCCGUCGAAGGCAUUAACAAAAUCGUCACUGGUAAUCUGAUUUCGCUGUCGGAACAGGAAUUAUUGGACUGCGAUACUGGCAACGAUGGCUGCGAUGGUGGACACAUGGACGUUGCGUUCAAGUUCAUCAUCGACAAUGGUGGCAUCAACAGUGAGGAGAACUACCUGUACACGGGCGAACAGGGGACUUGCGAUACCAACAAGGUAGAUGCUCAUGUUGUGUCAAUUGAUUCGUAUGAAAAUGUUCCUUCCAACAAUGAGAAGUCUCUCCAGAAGGCCGUGGCAAAUCAACCCGUUAGUGUUGGUAUUGAAACCGGAGAGAAUUUCAAACUUUAUGAUUCGGGAAUUUACACGGCCGACUGUGGAACUAACUUGGAUCAUGCUGUGACCAUAGUAGGCUAUGGCACUGAAAAUGACAAGGACUACUGGAUUGUGAAGAACUCAUGGGGUGAGAAUUGGGGGGAGUCUGGUUACAUACGAAUGGAACGGAACAUUGCAGAGAGGUCUGGCAAAUGUGGUAUUGCCUCGAUGGCUUCUUACCCCACAAAAGGAGGGGCCAACCUGCUCAACAACCAUGCUGCUGCCUCUUCUUCUUCCUCUGCGCCUUCCCUUGCCAAACCUCUUACCGCUUGCGAUAGCUACUACACCUGCUCCGGCAGCACCACAUGCUGCUGCAUCUACCAGCAGGGCAAUCACUGCUUCACUUGGGGGUGCUGUCCGCUUGAGGGGGCGACCUGCUGCAACGACCACUACAGCUGCUGCCCCCGUGACUACCCGAUCUGCAGCGUCGCCGAUGGCAACUGCCUAAUGAGCAAGAACAGUCCUCUUCGGGUGAAGGCUUCUACACGCACUGCUGCGAUUCCCAAUUGGGUUUUAAGUGGCUCAGGAGGUUUGAAGAGAAGUGCAUGAUGAGACUAUAAGAAGCAACUCGCUACAAUAUGUAUCAUCAAAUAAGAUCUUGUACCUUUUCUGUAACUCCGAGAUCAUGUACUAAGUAGAUCUUGGUUUUAGUUGAAUGAUAAUAAUAUUGCAUCCGUUGUGAUGUUAAUUAUCAAGUA